AUGGAAUCUGAACUUGGUGAACUCGCUGGAUCCUUUCAACAAUGGUCUGAACAUAUAAACAACCAAAAGAAACUUUUGGAAUCGGAGAUCGAUCGCCUCAAGUCCUUCCAACAAGACCACAAUGCUCUCGAAAAGCAGCUAAAGACUUUGCCUGAUAAAACGACGCGAUCUGCCAUGAUCCCCAUUGGUAGUCUAGCGUUCAUGCCAGGAAAGUUCAUUCACACCAACGAGAUCACUGUUUAUCUUGGAAGCAACUACUAUGUGGAACGAUCAGCCAAGCAAGCUCUUGAAAUACUCGAUCGCCGCAAACAAGUGGUGAAGGACAACUUGAAGCUGCUGGAGGAACAAUUUGAAGGAUUAUCGUCCAAAGAGGAUGCUAAAUUUGGUGCAUUUCCUUCUAGUGAUAUGGGUGUGAACGAGGAAGGUUUGCCCAUCAUGGAGAUUCGUGAGGAGCUACCAGAAGAAGGCGAUCAACAGCAGCAGGAGGCAUCAACGAGUCAACCUGAACCAGCAAAGCCUGUCAUCAGCUCAGAAACAGAAAACGCCACUUCAGCUGAAAAGCCCGUUGCCACCGACAACAAACAUAUGAAGGAUGUCAUGGCAUUACUCGAGCAACUUGAUGGAGAGGAUGAGGAUGAGGAAGAAUAUGUCGAACAAGAGGAGAAGUCUUUUCGAGAGAGAAUCAUGGAACAAGCAAAGGAGGAAGAGAGUGAUGAGGAUGAUACUGAUGGCGACGAAUUGGAUGAUCGCUAUGACACCGAGAUCGCUGAUAACCUAUUCGACCAUUUCGAUGAUGAUGAGGAGUAUGCAAUCGAAGGUGUUGUGGAACAAGAGGAUGCUACUAUUCAUGAGGAGGACAACGACGAGGCAUCAUCUUUAGUACCAAAUGUGAUUGAAAGCACCAUUAAAGAAACACCCACAGUAAGCGAUGCAUCCAAAGAAAAGGCGAAAGAAAAGGUCGUAGCACAUCAACAAGAGCAAUCAACAGAGGUGCAAGCUGCGACUGUAGCAUCAUCGCCAACUACUUCCGAGCCGGUCUCGAAGCCCAAAAAGAUCUCCAGAUUCAAAGCAGCUCGCAAUCAAGAUCGGAUACAUACUCCAGAGACAACCAAUGAAUCACAUCAACCAGCUUCAACAUCCAUUGAAGAACAUCAGAUACCAGCUGUGAAACCAGUAACUUCAUCAGCAACCGCACCAAAGAAAGUGUCCAAAUUCAAAGCAGCACGUCAACAACAUAUGGAAAUCCCUUCUGUUGAAGCAGCUGACAGCAAUGCAUCAUCUUCAGCGACAUCAAGAAAGAAUCAGGCUCGAAGUAUUCCUGAAGUGCAACCUUCAACAUCCAAUGAGCCAUCAACAACCCCUAUUCAGAAACGUGGCAUUCCUGUGGUAGAAUCAGCAGGUGCGAAAAAGAAGACUUCACGAUUCAAAGCAGCACGGCAACAAGCUCGAGAGAACAAGACGACCAUAGAACCUUCUUCAUCCGUAUCUCCUAUCAGAAAUAGUAACACCGUACCAUCCAAAGAUGAGAAUGGCAAAAGGAGGGUGACAUGGGAUGAAGUGGCGACUGUGCAGGAACACGAUCGCUCAGCAGCACCAUCUGAAGCUACCUCCUCUGACACAUACAAAUCGCCUGUAAAACAAGAAUCCGACAACGCUACUACGGCGGUUCCUCAAGUCAUCCGUUCACCAGCUGAUAUUUUCAAAGUGGUCAAAGCCCAGCGGCAGAUAUUGUUGGAUGACGGCUAUCCAUCCCUUGACACAGGCGAGGAUAAUUUUGAUGAAGCUGAGAGCACUAUCGUUACCAUGGAUGAAUUACGACAUUCCGCAAAUCUCGGCAAACAGGAAUUAUGGCAACUCAAAGUGGAACCUGACAACCCGAUAUUCUACAACAAUAACCAGAUGCCUCAAGAGCAGCAGCAGCAGGCUAGUUUGCCAAAGAUGCCAAAGAGUAAGCUUGAUACCAACAUCAUGAAGGGUGCUGUGCUUGAACGCGAGAUCGAAGCUGUCGACUUGGAACAAGUGGAGGCUGACAUGGAUUUACGUGAGGUGACAAGCAGCUAUCAUAAAAAGAAGUAUGACAUUGUGGCAGCAAUGGGUGGCUAUACAUUUGAACCCAAGGAUACUUUCGAGGUUGUGGAUGAAGAACUGCCAUUGCCAUCAGCACAAGGGGAAAAGAAGAAAUCACAGCCUGAGCCUGAAGAGAAACCAAAGAAAAUGUCCAGGUUCAAGGCUGCACGACUUGCAAAACUUGAUAGACAAGAAGAGUAG